AUGAAGUCUUUAUGGUUUGCGUCGUUGGCCUUUUGGGUGCUCAUCCCGGCGGCGAUCGCCAGGAAGUUCGGGAAGGAGGAGCCGACAAGUUUGAAGUUGGCACUCGUUGAGCGCUCCAGCUCCGCUCGGGCGGUUCGACGCGCGCAGAGAAAUGCCCGGAGCGCGCUUUCCUCCAACUUGUCGGAGGAGGCGUUGGAUGCCAGCCUGGAUUCCAGCCUGGAUUCCAGCCUGGAUGCCGUGGUCUCAGCGAAAGCCCUGGAAGCUGUCGGCGACGCAUUCAGCGACGCAGGCAAUGCUCUAGGUGGUGUGGUCGAGACGGCUGGCAACGCAAUUGCCACAUCGGCUGUUCAGACUGUGAAUACUCUUGCGGAAGCAGGCAUGACACUUGGCAGUGCUGUGGCCAAUGCGGCCGUUGUGGUCGGGAAACAUAUUGUCAAAGCAGCAGAAACCAAACUUGCAGCCCUUCCAGCUGCGAUCAAGACUGCGGCCGAGCACAUUGGGAAUGCAGCGGCGCAGGUUGGAAGCGUGGUGGCGGAUGUAGGGGAGCUUGCUGCGGAUGCCAGUCUUCACUUAGCAGGAGACAUCCUUGAAAGGGCCAAGAGUUCUAUCCAGCAAGGAGUGAAGAUGGCCGAGAAACUGGGCAACUUCAUUGCAGAUAAAGCAGCAGCCUUGGGGGGCGAAGUUGCCAAAUUGGGCCCAUUGGUAGCAGGAUUGGCGGAAGCUGCUUGGAACGAGAUCAAGGGCUUCUUGAGCUGCUUCACUGAGUCCCUGACCUUGUGCCAUGUUCUCCUCGGUGGCGUGUGUGAUUGCAACGCUGGUUCACACGUUACUCCCUCCGCAUCCGGGUUCUCCAUGAGAUGUGUCUUUGAUUCAUCCUCAGAUUUUGCAUCGGGCUUCGGGAUCCGGGCCGUGCCUGCCCAGAAAUUUCCCGGAAGCACUGCUACGGGCACUGUCAUCUUGCCAGGAGAUGAGUUUGUCCAAGCGUACAAGAUGGCAGGCCAAGUCCUGAGGUCCCGACAGGCCCUGAAGGAAAGGAAGGCCAAAGCACCCGUAGGUUCUUGCGAGAGUGGCCUGGACCUGGCCUUCGAGGGUGCAGCUCAGUUCGCACCGGACAUCUCCAUUAGCAUGAGCUUCAAUGGUGACACGGAGAUUAGCAUCAAGGGCCUCAUCCGUGCCUCUGUCGAUGCGUUGGUCUCCGCCCAGGGCUCUUGCUCCUUCCACGCGGAGAAGGGCAUUCCCAGGCUUCCCAAGAGCAAGGUGAUCUGCGGGGCCUACUUCUGCUUGGCCAUCAUGCUCCAAGUCGUCGCGGCGCUGGACAUAAAGGGCGUGCUCACGGGCACGCUCGAGAUCUCGGCUGAAGUGGACUUCGAAAUUGAAGGCACUGUGACGGUCAAUCCUUUGGGCGAGGCACAUGCAAAUUUCCGGAACCCCUCGAUCAAGCACCAGGACGGCUUUGCCCUUGGCGCAAGUGCGUCUUCGUCCGUACGUGUGGGGAUGGGCCCGGUCCUCACAGUGUGGCCGGUUCCAGGGAUUCCCAUCAACUUCCAUGCAAUGAUCAAUGCCGAAGCCAAAGCCAUGGGCACUUUGAGCUUCAGCUCAGGCAUGUUCUUGCUCCAAGAGGAGUCGAACCAGUCGACUGGCACGGACAUGAAUGCAAGCUCAACGAGGUCCAAUGAGAUCGGAAUGUGCGGCGCAGCCGCCUUGAGCACAUACGCUGACGUAGACAUCACGAGCUUCGCGCUUCCGUCUUCAUUCCGGGCGGCGAUUUCUACUUCAUUCCUAAUGGAACAAAUUGCGGCCGCUGUGAUUGCUGGUGCCACAGCAAUGACAAGAUUGGUCACAGGUGCAAUGGCCUGCAUUCCAGGCGGGGAUGCAGUCGAGAACACGAUCAUGUCGGCUGCCAACUCGGCGGCCUCCGCAAUCACGGGCCUCAUCCCAGAUCUCAAUCUCGACUUCUCAGUGGAGUCCAUCCAGCUCAUGGCACCUCAGAAGCUCUGGUGCAAGGAGGUCUUCAAGACCCCCGGCUUCGACGCUGCUCCCUGCGCAGCGGAGAUCGGUUGCAAGUUUGCCGGAAGACCACCGCCACGUGGAGUUGAGAUGGCGCCUCCAGAGCAGGUCACAAACCAUGUCCAAUCGACUGGGGCGGCAGCAGCCUGUCAUGAUAUUCCGAUGGGCGAUCGAUUCAUUGAGCUUGGGAACUUUCGCUUGGCGGACAUUGAUGGCGAUCACUUCUCGAUCUCGCACAAGGAUGGGAAGACUGCACAGAUCUUCGAGAAAGAUGGCACCUUGGACGGCGGCCCGAGCGAUGAUUGGGGCUCCUGGAGCAGGGAGAGUGGAGCCUCGAAAGGCAUCCAUUUUGGUUUCCAGUACAUCCAGAUUGGGAACUUCCGUCUGGGUGCUUACGACGACACGCAUUUGACGAUUUCGCACAUUGAUGGCAAGACUGCCCAGAUUUUCAGAAGCGACGGUACAUUGCAUCCCGGGCCCCGGGACGACUACUCAACCUUCGACCGUGCGGAAGGCAUGCCAGCCGGCAUCAGCUUCGGGGAUAGGUUCAUUCAGUUCGGCAAGUUCCGGAUUGGAGAUUCCAAUGGCAACAAUCUGGUUGUGACCCACGCAGAGAGAGACGUGAUUCAGGUUUAUCGCCACGACGGUACAAGGCAUAAAGAGAGCCUCCUCCAGCUCAAGCCAUUCGUGAUCAAGCCACGUGGGAAAUUCCGGGUUCGCAAAGCAACCAAACGCAUCCGCAAAGCUGUCUCGGUGAACAACUUGGGCAAGCAGGUGAAGGAGCGGAGCCCUGCUGCGUGGACAUGCAAGGACAUUGCCGAGAUGGCCUUCGGGGUUUGCGAUCCAGAUUUUGGAGCUUGGGGGGAUCGCUUUAUCCAGCUUGGCCAGUGGCGGCUUGCGGCAAUCGAUGACACUCACUUCUCCAUUUCGCACGAAGACGGCAAGACUGCCCAAAUCUAUCGCAGCGAUGGCUCUUUGCAUCCUGGACCACGUACGGACUACGGGGCCUGGCACAGAGCGCUCGGCUUUCCCUUCGGCAUCACCUUUGGGCCCGGCUUCAUCCAGAUCGGCAAGUUCCGAUUGGGAGCAGCCAAUGACGAGCACCUCUCCAUAUCUCACCGCGAUGGCAACACCAUACAGAUCUUCAGAGAGGACGGAACCCGCCACAAAGGACCCAGGCAAGAUUGGAGCCUGUGGGGGAUUACCGCUGGACCAGCAUCUGGUGUCACAUUCGGGGACAGGUUCCUGCAGCUUGGGAAGUUCCGGAUCGGGGACGUGGAUGGCAGGCGUUUCGUGGUCACCCAUCUCGAAACCGGAAAUCUUCUCCAGCUUUACGAAAAGGACGGCACGCUUGACCCGGAUGAAUCGGCGUCCUGGGCCGGGAAGCUCAACAAUCGCUAUGCCCAGUUCCACUGUGGCGGCAUCCAGACAAUCCUUGGCACCUGUCCCGGCAUCACGACGGGAGACCGAUUCAUGCAGUUGGGCGAUUGGCGCCUUGCUGCCAGGGACGACAGCCACUUCAGCAUCUCGCACCGCAACCAUAAGACAGCCAUGAUCUACAAAUCCGAUGGGACGCUUCACGAAGGCCCCCGCGAGGACUGGGGUGGCUGGGACCUUGAGGCAAAGAAAGUCACAAGGCCGGGUGCCUCCCUCUUGCAGGGGAUUGGAAGACGCCGGCGGCCCCGAUUUCCUCGAAUCCGAUUCCAGGUCCAACAUGAAAGGAUAAAGUUUGGCGAUCGCUUCAUUCAAUUCGGCAAGUUCCGAAUGGGUGAAGUGGACGAGUCCCAUUUUUCCAUUUCGCACCAAAAAGACGAUGGGACUCGCCAAACCCUUAUGAUCUUCCGUUCUGAUGGCACCUUGCACAAAGGUCCUCGCACGGACUACGGCUUGUGGCAUCGUGAGAUCGGUGCACCCCAGGGCGUUACGUUUGGAGAUCGCUUUGUGCAGAUCGGCAACUUCAGAGUUGGCGAUGUAGACUCAAGUCAUUUCUCAGUGUCGCAUGUGGAGGGGCAGACCAUCGAAAUCUUCCGGUCAGACGGGACGGUGCAUGAAGGCCCCCGCACAGAUUAUACGACAUUCGGCCGUCAGCUCCUGGAUUGCACGGUCGAGUAA